GUUUGUUUGGCCAUUACUACAAACUCUCGCCUACGCCGAGCCUCAAACUACCUUUUAUUUAGUUUAGCGAUCGCUGAUCUGAUCGUCACUUUGGGAUGCGAGCCACUACUUUUGGAAGUAAUAAUCAAGAGGACGUUCUUCCAUGAGUGCACCGAGAGACUGCAGCGUACGUACUCUCUUUUAUCCCAAAUUUCGUGCAGCACUUCAGUGUUACAUAUGGUUGCAAUCAGUCUUGAUCGUUUCGUUGCCGUUGUGUUUCCGUUGCGGUACAAAGAAUUCAUCAAGAAUUGCGGACUUAAAGUUAUGCUUAUAGUAUCCUGGUCAUUGCCGAUUCUUUUGACUGUUUUGAGGUCUAUCGUUCCACCGGCAUCCUAUCCUGGCCAUUUUAUCGGACUGGGAACCUUUGCCUUGAGCUAUUUCUUUAUUUUCUUUUUCUACUUUCUAAUUGUGGUAUUUUUGAUCCACCACAGAAGGACAAGAAAGCAGCUAGGUGCCCGAACACUUUCUGUGAAAGUGACUUCCAGCAGGGAGGUCCGUGUUGCUUGCACAUUGGCCAUCGCAAUCGGCAUUUUCACGGCUUGUUGGGUUCCUCUGAUGACUGUAUUCUUUGCCACUGGAAAACUACUUAUAAAUCGAAACGGCUCUCUACUCAUGUGGCUCCGAACCCUAGCUCUGUCCAACUCAGCCAUGAACUUUCUGAUCUACUCUGCUAAAAUCAGGGACUUCAAAAAGGCAUACGUUGAUAUUUUUCGAAAGAUGCUCCACCUGUAAAGGUCUCGACGUUUACUACGGUUUCAAGAACUCAGAAAGUUUUAGGAAGCUGAACUUGUGAGCAGUCCUACUCAUUAUGAAAAGGGUAUUUUAGUGUUUCAGAAACGUGAAGUCUCGGUACUUCCUCUCUGAUACUAUCUAUCAUGUUUAAGGGAGAGGCUGGUCUCACAAUUACGUCAGCAGUUCAAGAAACUGUACUCUGGUAAUGAACCGACGUCAAGCAGGGGCACCGGACGAACUAUCCUUUGCCGAAGUGUAAAAUAUUUGCUUAAUGGAGUAAAUAAAUAAUUGUCUGAAAAGUUUCAAAGGAAGAAAUUAAAGGAAGACACAAACUUUUCUAGCACCUCAGUCACACCAAAGCAUAAACAUGUUUAAAAGCUGUUUACUUAAAUACGGUUUAAAAUUGUUUCCUUCAUGCAUUGUAAAAGAAGGAGCUGCUUACUAACUUAAGUUAAUUGAAAAUGUAGUGCAAGUUACAAAACAUGGCGAAUUCUAUGUGAAUCCUGUGUAAAAAGUCUUUUUUCCAGUUUUCCACCUCAUGUUUUUUCUUUCCUUUUUUUUUCUUUUUUGUUUUAAUCUGGUUUAAUUAAAAAGGUUUAGUUAUUGUGAAUAGGGCAUAGGUGUUUGUUCCAUUUCCUAGCUUUUUCGGAGCUGUACUACUUUGCAUGGACUUCCCUACAAUUUUCUGAAAUGGUGAUUUUCACGUUUUAAUCACCAGGUUUGGCUAAUAUCGUGAGAAAGGAUCGGACCCCUAGUAGCAUCUACGAAUUUCGGAAAGGAUAGGGGAAGCCCUCGAAGGGGAUUACCUUAGGAAAGUUAGAGUAGGGGUGUGCCGCUGAGGCCUUCACACCCUGAGCCUGUUCAUUAAUUUGCUACCGUGUCCUUAUCCUAUGACCCUGAUUCGUUUCGUUCUGCACAGAGAGUUAUUAAUAAGUAAUUUCCAGAAUUUUUCAAACUAACCUCAUGGAUUUGGAUUUUUUGAGAAAAAACUGUUGGUUCCACAAAUGUAGACCGAUUCUCGCCAAUCUUCCAACUCUUUGAGAGGAUCCCGGUCCAAGAGGACACCCUAAUCGAGGCGCCAAGUUGGUAAAUGUUAUAUAUACUCCGUUUAAGACGCAAGACCCUAAUAAAAGAAGGCUGUGCCUAAUAUAUUAUAUUCCCAUCGCUGAUCACUAAUGGAAUUGAAUUAAUGAAGGCAGGAGCUGGAUCUUAUAUAGUAGUUCAUGGGUUUUUAUGUUCUUAACAAUCAUGGCCUAAGCUUCCGAAGCUGAACGCCCGACUGACCGUAGCCUGUGUGCAUGAAAGUAAAUAUUCAACGCCUGUAAAUUGCGGGCUGGACAAGCUGUUCGUGUUUCAUUGAUUUGAAUCUGUCUUUUGUCUCGUAGAUAUAUUAUUAAAAAUAAAUGAUUUAGCUGUGUGUCUGUGUCUUUCUUUGGUCGCUUUAGAAGGGAUUUGGUCGCCACACCGGGGGUGGUCUCUUCGUUUGAUUUUAAAAACUACAGUUAGUUUCAAACGCUUUAAGCACGACUGAAACAGGAAUGUAGGUAUCUAAUUUGAAGUAAUAAUCAUAAACUCUACCUGUGAGCAGACGAGAGAAGGUAGAGAGAAAUGAUUCCUCUUCUUAGCAAAGGAAGUCUCCAGCUUCUUAGUAUAGCGAAGUGUCUAGCUACAAUUGGCAAAGAAAACAUUUUAGGCACCUUGACCUCAACAUCAUUUCUCACUAUUUCCCGACACAACUCUUCAAUUUCCAAAGAUCAUCCUCUCUUGCAAUCGCUAAGUGCAAAGCCCACCUCCCGUCUCCCCCUUCUCCCUAAAAAAUAAUUGGUGUAGUAUCCAAGCUACCCUUAGGAAAGAACAACCAAAUAUUAAGCUAUCAUUUUGACGCUUGGAAUUCCGCGUAAGCAGGCCAGUUUGGAUUUUUCCUUCUUCACCUGAUCGCUUCUUUUCCAGAAUAAAAUCGAAAUGCAGAAAAUAAGUUUCAUAACGCCUAAGAAGGCGGGGUAAACAAAUUUCUUUAUAUCCUACUUCUACUCAUAAGUGUGUUGGACGAAAAGGGAGUCUUAAUCCUGAUUUUACGCCAGUCAGUCCAGUCGGCCAACCGUCCCGGCACGAUGUUCGAUGUGUACUGUGUGUGUGAACUACCUGUUUCAGUUUUGUGCCGUUGCUAUUCAUAUCAUACCAGAAAGCUAUCAGGUAUAGUGUGAAAACAGCCUAAAUAUGUUCUCAUAUUUGCAAAAUUGCCGCUUUGUAAAGGUGAACAUCACUUGCAGCUCAGUGUAAUGAUGUAACUCUUGCUAGUAAUUUGAUUUUGACCAGAGCAGGGAUAGCGAAAAAGUCAUGUAUCGAUUCUAUUUAGCUUUAACUUUUAAAAAUUACAAAAACAGUACAUGAUCUUAAUUAAAACGAUGGGAUGUCAUCAACAACAACAACAAGAACAACAAGUAAAGUAAUUAUAUUGAGGAUGACAAUGAGAGCCUGUUAGUUAGUAUAUUCGACGUUUAAUUUGCGUAUUCGGAUUGGCCAUGGUCUCAGUUACUCAGGUAUUCUAUUUUCUAAAAACAUGCACGACAGAUUUGCAUUGAUCACUGAAAGAUCUGAAAGAUAUAUUACCAGCAGAUUCAAUAUUUACAGGUAUGGCUGUCAAUCUGACUUAUCUGAUUGUUGUCGCAGUAUAUCUAUAUCUGUCUUCAAUAUGGCUCACGUCUGUACUGGACUAAAAUAGGUUCUUUUGCGUCAAAAUAAGUCUGAUAACGUCUGAAAUGGACGGGUACAUAUUAUUUAUUUCUUACUUCCAACUUCAUCUAUUCACAUGUUCUGAUGCCUUGGAGAAAAAGGUGGAACUUAAUUCUGAUUUUACGCCGUACAGUACAUCAGUCUAGACGACAGCAUGAAUGAAUCAUCGAAGAACGUGAACAGUUGUUUUCUUCCCAUGGCUCCUGGUAUUGCGCUGAUCACAAUCAACGCUAUCGUCUGCGUUUUGGGAUCACUUGGAAACUUGCUUGUUUGUUUGGCCAUUGCUACAAAUUCUCGCCUACGCCGAGCCUCCAACUACCUUCUAUUCAGCUUAGCGAUCGCUGAUCUAAUCGUCACUUUGAUAUGCGAGCCACUGUUUAUCGAAGUCAUCAUCGAGAGAACAUUCUUGUACGAUUGCACAGCGAGCCUAGACACUGCGUUCUUCAUUUUAGGCUAUCUUUCAUGUGCCACCUCAGUCUUGCGUAUGGUAGCCAUCAGUCUUGAUCGAUUUGUUGCCGUUGCGUUACCACUGAGACACAAAAACUUCAUGGAGAAGUGCGGACUUAAGGUUAUGCUUAUAGCAUCCUGGUCAAUUCCGAUUUUUAAGGUGAUUAUUCUUCUCGUUUUA